UACAGAAGUCUUACAUUUUUUUUCUUUGAAUUUUACAGUUUAUAUUACUCAUUACAGUAUCUUGAUUUUUUUAAAAAUAUUUCUUUAUUUCUAUGUGGUGCUGAGGAUUGAACCCAAUGCCUCACAAGUGCUAGGUUCUUAAUAAAGGUGCUAAGAAAGAAUGUAACACAGGAAAAUAAUUAAAUAUUUUCACUGUGGAAGAAGAGGACACAAGAGGAAUCUUUGGAGAAGACAGGAGAGUUCAGUUGUUGUGAAAAGCAAGGAAUCCAUGCCUUCCAUUGCUGGGGAUCUCCAAGUCACUUGCUGGUUUUGCUGAGCCAGGUCUGGGUGCCAUCCUUAAAUGGAAGAGAAUAUUUACAAAAGAAAAUACAUUCUUCAGGUUUCUGUGCUACACUGGAGCUGAAAAAAAACUACAUGGGGAACACUAAGCAUCCUGUGUUAUGCUCGAAUUCAGGACCCCCAAAAGACCACCAGAGACCCAAGAUCGAUGUAAGCAGCAAAGAGGUGUUUAUUGCGAGCUAGCUCGGUCCUCCGCACACACACAGCAACAGGAACCAUUGACAUUAAGGGAUGUGGUCAUUGAUUUUUCUGAAGAGGAAUGGAAAUGCCUGGACCCUUCUCAGCAGACUUUAUAUGGAGAUGUGAUGUUAGAGAUCUAUAGAAACCUACUCUUUAUUGGUCUGACUUCUAAUCAAAACCAAGAAUUUUCAGAAGAACAAGAAAUAAAAUAUUUUUUGCAAAACUUGAUAAAGAGCAGAAAACACCCAUGUGAUCAUUUAAAAGAGCUUUACAAUGAUAAAUGUGAAAAAGUUUUUAAUCCAUGCCCCAAAUUUAUUUAUCCAAGCUUUCAUAAUCAAGAGACAAAUUACAGAUACAAGGUAUGUGAAAGCACUUUUAAUAAAACUACAAGAAUUCCUGAACUCCAGAGAAUUAGUAUGGAUGAGAAGCCCUACAAAUGUAAAAAAUAUGUAAAAGCAUUUAAAGAUUCCUCAAUUGUUUAUCAGAGCAGUGAUAAAUCCUCCAUAAGUAAAGAAUGUGAAAAAAAUUUUACUCAAAUUCCAUCCAUUACUAAAAAUCAUAGGCUUUACAAUGGAGAUAUACCUUACAAAUUGAAGAAAUGUGAAAAUGUCUUUAAGUGUUGCUCAAACCUUUUUAAACACUACAGUAAUCAUACUGGAGAGAAAAUCUGGAAAUGUAAAGAAUGUGGCAAAGCUUUUAGUAGAAAAUCAUACCUUACUGAACACCAGAAAAUUCAUACUGGAGAAAAGCCAUACAAAUGUAAAGAAUGUGGCAAAGCUUUUAGUCAAAACUCACUUCUUACUCGACACCAGAGACUUCAUACAGGAGAAAAGCCAUACAAAUGUAGAGAAUGUGGCAAAGCUUUUAAUCAAAGAUCACACCUUACACAACACCAGAGAAUUCAUACUGGAGAAAAGCCAUACAAAUGUAAAGAAUGUGGCAAAGCUUUUAAUCAAAACUCACUUCUUACUCAACACCAGAGAAUUCAUACUGGAGAAAAGCCAUACAAAUGUAAAGAAUGUGGCAAAGCUUUUAAUAAAAAAUCACGCCUUACUCAACACCAGAGACUUCAUACAGGAGAAAAACCAUACAAAUGUAGAGAAUGUGGCAAAGCUUUUAAUCAAAGAUCAUACCUUACACAACACCAGAGAAUUCAUACUGGAGAAAAGCCAUACAAAUGUAAAGAAUGUGGCAAAGCUUUUAAACAAAGAUCAUGCCUUACUCAACACCAGAUAAUUCAUACUGGGGAAAAGCCAUAUAAAUGUAAAGAAUGUGGCAAAGCUUUUAAUCAAAAAUCACGCCUUACUCAACACCAGAGACUUCAUACAGGAGAAAAGCCAUACAAAUGUAAAGAAUGUGCCAAAGCUUUUAAUCAAAGAUCACACCUUACACAACACCAGAGAAUUCAUACUGGAGAAAAGCCAUACAAAUGUAAAGAAUGUGGCAAAGCUUUUAAUCAAAAAUCAUGCCUUUCUCAACACCAAAGAAUUCAUACUGGAGAAAAGCCAUACAAAUGUAAAGAAUGUGCCAAAGCUUUUAAUCGAAAAUCACAACUUACUCAACACCAGAGAUUUCAUACAGGAGAAAAGCCAUACAAAUGUAAAGAAUGUGGCAAAGCUUUUAAUCAAAGAUCACACCUUACUCGACACCAGAGACUUCAUACAGGAGAAAAGCCAUACAAAUGUAAAGAAUGUGUCAAAGCUUUUAAUUGAAAAUCACAACUUACUCAACACCAGAGAUUUCAUACAGGAGAAAAGCCAUGCAAAUGUAGAGAAUGUGGCAAAGAUUUUAAUAAAAUAUUAUGCCUUACUCAACACCAGAGAAUUCAUACUGGGGAGAAACCAUACAAAUAUCAAUAAUGUGGCAAAGCUUCUAAUUGAAGGUCAUUCCUUAGUCAACACCAGAGACUUUAUAUGGGAGAAAAGCCAUACAAAUGCAAAGAAUGUGGCAAAGCUUUUAAUCAAAGAUCAUACCUUAUUUGACACCAGAGAAUUAAUACUGGGGGAAAGCCAUACAAGUGUAAAGAAUAUGGCAAAGCUCUUCAUCAAAAAUCACACAUUUCUCAACACCAGAUAAUUCAUACUGGGGAGAAACCAUACAAAUGCAAAGAAUGUGGCAAAGCUAUUCUAUUAGGAAAAAGUGUUGUUGUUCAUCAAAUAUUCAUACUGGAUAAGAGCCAUAUAAAUGUUAAGAAUAUGGCAAAGUUUUAAGUAUGCUUCAAGUGUUAACAAGAAACAGAUCAUUCAUACUUGAGGCAAUUCUCACAAAUCUAUAUACUGUAAAAGUCAUUUGUUGUAAGAUCACACCUCAUUGGUCACCAGAAACUUCAUACUAGAAAGAAAAAUUACAAUUUCCCAGAGAUAGCUCCACAGCACUGACUCCAUGAAACUCCAACCCUUGCCCAACUGGCCGUUACUCAGGAGCCCAUGGAAGUGGGCAGGAAGCAUGGUUGGAUCCUUGGCCCUCUUUCCUUCUGAGGACCUCUCCAGGUUCACUUGUCCUUUCCUCAGUUUCUCUGUUUGAAUUGAUUGAAUUCCAAUCAUCUUUUUUUCCAAAGCUAUCUCUGGACUUAAAGGCCUCUUUUGUACCAAACCAACACAUUAAUAAAACUAUCUUAUGCCUGAA